AUGGAGAAAAAGACCCUCAAGUCCCGGCAAGAACGGAGCGAGGGAUCCCGUGAUAUCUGGGAUCUGCUCCGCACUAGGCCGCAACCCAAGAUGGCGGCCCCGCUGCAAAGAUCGCCUUCCUGCUCCUCGGGUGAGUUGGAGUAUGAUGCUCCAGACCACAUCCUAGAAGCCAGGGCCUCCGUGGCUAAGAAGGAGAGAGGAGCUACAGAGGUGGACGCAGAUAGCGCCCCAACUACCAAGGAUGACCUUAAACAUCUCCUGCAGGAUCUACGUACCAUGUUCCAAACAGACUGCGCACUGAUCCGGGAGGACAUGCAUACCCUCUCUGGCCACAUAAAGUCAGUCGAAGAUGAAGCCGUGACAGCCCGCCAAACUCACCUCGAUGCUGCCCUACUCACCCAGCAGCUCACACAGCAACAUGCAGCACUCGCCCGACAGGUAGCAGGCCUAGAAUAUACACAGCUGCAUCACGCUGCAAAGGUGCAUUUUAUUUCUUAUUAAAGCACCACUCUAGGCACCCAGACCACUUCAGCUUAAUGAAGUGGUCUGGGUGCCAGGUCCAGCUAGGGUUAACCCAUUUUUUAAUAAACAUAGCAGUUUCAGAGAAACUGCUAUGUUUAUUAAUGGGUUAAGCCUUCCCCCUAAUCCUCUAGUGGCUGUCUCAUUGACAGCCACUAGAGGCGCUUGCGUGCUUCUCACUGUGAUUUUCACAGUGUGAGCACGCCAGCGUCCAUAGGAAAGCAUUGUAAAUGCUUUCCUAUGCGACCGGCUGAAUGCGCGCGCAGCUUUUGCCGUGCGUGCGCAUUCAGCCGGCAGGGAGGAACGGAGGAGGAGAGAAGGAGGAGAGCUCUCCGCCAAGUGCUGGAAAAAGGUAAGUUUUUACCCCUUUCCCCUUUCCCCUUUCCAGAGCCGGGCGGGAGGGGGUCCCUGAGGGUGGGGGCACCCUCAGGGCACUAUAGUGCCAGGAAAACGAGUAUGUUUUCCUGGCACUAUAGUGGUCCUUUAAGCUCAUGAUAACAGUCUGUCAAACUCAACAUUCAGAUGAUGGUUUAGGUCCACUUGGAAGAAGAUAAACCUUCAUGACUUCAGCUCUGUUACUGGUAGAAAAGCAGUUCAUAAAAUUUGGUUUGUGGUCACUAUGAUAAUUGUUGUGUGAUUCUGGUACAAAAUCAGAAAAUGUUAUUGAUUAAUUACCCUGGAUUAUAAUAUACUCCUCUACUGCCACGUGGAUGCAGUUUUACAGGCAAUUUAAAGAGACGCUGCCAUGUUUUUGUUUUCUGUUGUUGUUGUUUUUUUAACAAUCUUUAAUUUUAUUUGUCAUUUAUAAAGGCCAGACAGAUUGAUUCAGCAGUGAACAUGUAACAUUGUUGAGUACAUAAAAGGCAUUAACCAUUCAGAUAAUCAUAACUCCAAUGACUAUGGGAAUAAAGCAUUGGUAAACAUUUUUUCAGUAGUAGUGCUUCUAUGUUUUUAGAUCUGUCUCUGUUCAUGGACUGGUAUGUCUGUUAACCCGAAAGUGCCCUAUAUGGGUGUUGACUAG